AUGGUACUCAAUCCACAGCCACACAUUGGAGGUAUUGGAUUUGAUCUUGGCAUCUUCCACCUCGUUGUUUCUGAUGUUAUAGUUUUCGCUUCUAUGCAGGCAAAAACAGUUUAUGGGGCAUUACACGCACUAGAGACAUUUAGCCAAGUUUGCUAUUUUAACCAUUCAUCCAGAGUAAUUGAAAUUCAUCAGGCUCCAUGGAUCAUUUUCGAUGAACCAAGGUUUUCUUAUCGUGGGCUUUUGAUUGAUACAUCUCGGCACUUUCUGCCAGUGCCCGUGAUAAAGAAGGUCAUCGAUUCUAUGACGUUUGCCAAAUUGAAUGUGCUGCAUUGGCACAUAGUAGAUGAAGAAUCUUUUCCUCUUGAGAUACCUUCUUAUCCAAAGUUGUGGAAUGGUGCUUAUUCUAGUUCAGAACGAUACAGCAUGGCUCAAGCUGCUGAGAUUGUCAGAUAUGCUCAAAGACGAGGAAUCCAUGUAUUGGCUGAGAUUGAUGCGCCGGGACAUGCUAAAUCCUGGGGUAUUGGUUAUCCUUCACUUUGGCCAUCAAUAAAUUGUACACAACCUCUUGAUGUUAGCAAUGAUUUUACUUUCAAAGUUAUAGAUGGAAUUCUCUCAGAUAUAAGUAAGAUCUUCAAGUACAGAUUUGUUCACCUUGGAGGAGAUGAAGUGAACACAAGUUGCUGGACUUCAACUCCUCAUGUAAGCAACUGGUUAAAGGAGCAAGGUCUUAAUGGAGAUGAGGCUUAUCAGUACUUUGUCUUGAAAGCACAGGAAAUAGCUUUAUCCUAUGGAUAUAAAAUUGUGAACUGGGAGGAGACCUUUGUCAAUUUUGGGAGUAAAUUGAGCCGAGAAACUGUUAUCCACCACUGGCUUAGAGGUGGUGUUGUUCAGAAAGCAGUUGCAGCUGGAUUCCAAUGCAUUGUAAGUAACCAGGAAAGCUGGUACUUGGAUAAUGUAGGUACAACAUGGAAAACUUUCUAUGCCAAUGAGCCCCUAUUUAAUAUUAGAAAGCCUCAGCAAAAAGCAUUAGUUAUGGGGGGUGAAGUAUGCAUGUGGGGUGAACGUGUUGACGGGUCAGAUAUUGAGCAAACAAUAUGGCCACGAGCAGCAGCAGCAGCAGAGAGAUUAUGGACCCCUUACGACAAAGUAGCCAAGGAUACAACAGAAGUUACCGAAAGAUUAGCACAUUUUAGGUGCUUGUUGAACCAAAGAGGAGUUGCAGCUGCGCCAUUGACAGGAUGGGGUCGAGCAGCUCCCAUGGAGCCAGGCUCCUGCUACAAGCAAUAGUCUGCUAAACACGUCUCUAACAUGAUGAUAUUAUAUUGAACUCUAUACAUGGAGACGAGAGAGAUUGAAAAUUGGACUUGUAAGUGAGAAAAGCUACAGCAGGAAGAAAGAA